AUGCGGCCACCAUGGCAACAAGCACUUCCGGCUCUCCAGCCGCUACUUCCGGUCGCGCUCGGCACCGCCGCGCCUCGUUGGCGAUUCUGGAGGACCGGGCCAGGCGACGUUCUGCCUACUCUGUCUCGUCGGGCCGAGGUGACGCUCUACCCACAAGAGCUCGCUGCUCGGCCGGGAGCAGACGAGCGGACCGGAAAGCUCUGGACGAACGCCGAGGAUGACAGACCUUCCACCCGGCGUCGUGCACAGUUAAAAGCUGCCGCCCGGCUGUCCGGCAUUUCAGCGGUGGAGUUUCCCUUGUGCUCGGUGUGGCGCAGCUCAAAGAAGUGCUUGAAUCGGCUGAUGAACCCUGUGGCAAUGCUGAAACGGAGUCAAAGUUGGGAUGUGAUAGUCCUCAUCUGUAACACCGGUGACAACGCGAUUAAUAUUUAUAGCGAAGUCUGUGCCUCGCUGAUCGGGGAGCUUGCUCUGAUGUCUCCUCUCCAAGUUGCCAGUGCCUGGAAUAGCCAGGAGAACACGACAAGGGGACGGUUUGAGUCCUGCCUUGCGGGCAGGAGGCUCCGGCAGAGACCGGGGCUGCCCCACGCUGCCCUAAACCUCUCGCGGAAAACGGGGAAGGAGUACACUUGCCCGAGAUGUGAAUCUGGCUUUAUCGAAGAAGUCACAGAUGAUUCCAGUUUUCUAGAUGGCAGCGGCAUAGACGACGGCCCAUCCACACAGUUCGCAGAGCUUUGGGACCAUUUGGACCACACAAUGUUCUUUCCCGACUUCAGACCCUUUCUGAGUAGCAGCUCGCUGGAUCAAGACAGCAGGGACAACGAGAGGGGCCACCAAGCCCACGCCGACCUCUGGGGACCAAGCCGACCUCCGCGGUUGCCCAUGACGCGGAGGUACAGAUCCCGGGGCAGCUCGCGUCCCGACAGGUCUCCUGCUAUCGAAGGAAUAAUACAGCAGAUCUUUGCAGGGUUUUUUGCAAACUCAGCGAUUCCCGGCUCACAACACCCUUUCUCAUGGAGUGGGAUGCUGCACUCGAAUCCCGGGGACUACGCGUGGGGACAGAGCGGCCUCGAUGCUAUUGUCACCCAGCUCCUGGGGCAGCUGGAAAACACGGGACCGCCUCCGGCCGACAAAGAGAAGAUCUCAUCUCUCCCGACAGUGACAGUAACUCAGGAACAAGUCGAUACGGGUUUGGAGUGUCCUGUGUGCAAAGAGGACUACACAGUAGCGGAGCAAGUUCGGCAGUUACCGUGCAAUCACUUCUUCCACAGCAACUGCAUCGUGCCGUGGUUAGAGCUGCACGACACGUGUCCCGUCUGCAGGAAGAGCUUAAAAGGGGAAGAUUCGACUCGGCAAACGCAGAACCCCGAGGCCUCGGCGAGUAACAGCUUUAGCAGCGAAAGCCAACUACACGACCGAUGGACUUUCUGA